AUGUUCGGUCUCACCGCCAAGCUCCUGCUCCUGUUGCAGUUGAGCCUUGUCUCCUUGGCUCUCUUGCAGCCCAUCUCGCUGUCGUCGUCGUCGCUCCUCAAGCGUGCUUCCGACAAAGUUGGUUACCUCUUCAUUCACUUCUAUGACAACUACCGAGCACCAGGUGACUACUCGACUUACCCCGCAGGCGAGCAAAUCUUUGGCCACAUCUCCAACGGCAACGAUGCACUCUCCUACAAGCCUCUCAAGGGCGGUGCCCCUCUCCUCACCUCUCAUGUCGGUACCAAGGGAGUGCGUGACAUGUACAUUGUUAGCAAAGCUGACGAGUCGCAGCACUACAUCAUCGCCACAGACCUCAACCAGACCGCCGUUGGUGGCUUUGGUGGCAAGUUUCUCAGUUGCAGCCUUGUCAUCUGGCACUCGGAAGGUGUAAGCUUGACCAACUGGAAGGCACCUCGUCUCGUCCAAGUCGUUCCUGACAACUUCCGCAUGGCUUGGGCACCCGAGGCUAUCUGGCUCGAGGACGAGCAGCGAUUCCUUGUCUACUGGUCUUCGAACAAGUUCGCGGAUGCUUCGCACUCUGGUGAUCCUGACUACGACAAGAUCUACAGCUCGUACACUACCGACUUUGUCACCUUUACCGCUCCGGAAGUAUUCAUGGACCUCGGUAACAACAUUGGUGUCAUUGACCUGACAAUCGGUCGUGGCCCUACCAACGGGGGUGACCAGUACGUGCGCUUCUUCAAAGACGAGAGUGUGUACAAGGUUCGAGGACAGGUCAGCAACUCUGGUAUUCAGGGACCGUGGCUUGACAUCGAUUCCAGCACUUCGUUCGUCGACAACAACAACCAGGCUGAAGCACCGAUCUACAUCCAGGAGAACACAAGCGACAGGUCGCUCGUCUUCCUCGACCAGUACGGCCGAAACCCUGCUGGCUAUUACCCUUACAGUGCUGACAACGGUAUUGAUCAGUACAGCUUCACUGAUCUUGGAUUCCCUUCGGGCAUGCCAACUCAGCUCAAGCACGGUAGCAUCAAGCCUCUUACUCAGGCACAGUACGAUGAGAUCAACGCUGCUUGGGCUUAG